CAAUCGGACGAGCUGCUGCUGGAUUAGCGCGACAAAAGAGAGAGAAAGCUCGACCUGCUCCUCCCAGUUGCUCCUCGUUGCUUGCGAUCGGAACCCGAAGAAGAUCCUUCUCUUUUAUUUUGGGACCCUGGUUUUUCGCGGUGGAACCGAUAUGGAUUUACCGCUUCGCCCGGAGAGAGAGUGCUGAGAGUCCGCCGGCACAGAGAGAGAGAGAGAGAGAGGGAGAGAGAGAGAGAAAGUGGCACAAAAAAGCGCACAAGUUUUUACGCACGCAGCCUUUGUGGGAACCCGGGGAUCACAUGUGAGGACGAUCGGAGACGUUUGCACUGAAUCUCUCAUGGGGUGACCCACAUAGAGCUUCUGAGACGCAACAGUGGGACAGGCGGUCCCCCUCGCGGUCUGGGCCUGCUUCCUGUCCUGAGAGGCGAUGAUAAUCUGCGUAGACACUCUUCACGACUCCGCUGUGUGAAUGAAUCUUUGCCGUAAAGCCACCGUGCUCUGCCAGCCCGUCACCAUGAGGAGCAAGUAUUCCGAGUAUUACAAUCAGAGUCUCAUCCGCGCGUACUAUGCGUACGCAAAGAACAAGACCGAGCAGGAGCUGGAAAAUUACUAUAAGACUAAAAAGCAGCUCGGCACCCUCAACAUCGUCAUCGUGGUCCUCUGCACCAUCAUCAUCCUGGAGAACCUGCUGGUCCUCCUCGCCGUCUGCCGCAACAAGAAGUUCCACACCGCCAUGUUUUUCUUCAUCGGCAACCUGGCGUUCUCUGACCUGCUGGCAGGCUCGGCCUACAUAGCCAACAUUUUUCUAUCAGGGCAGAACACUUUUAAUCUGCUGCCUGUGCAGUGGUUCAUCCGGGAGGGCACGGCGUUCAUCGCUCUGGCGGCUUCUGUUUUCAGCUUGCUAGCGAUAGCCAUAGAGCGCUACACAGCCAUUACCAAGGUGAAGGUGUACGGCUCCACCAAAACGUGCCGCAUGUUCAUCCUGAUAGGAGCAUGUUGGGUCACCUCCAUCCUGCUCGGAGGACUACCCAUCAUCGGCUGGAACUGCAUCGACAACCAACCCGAAUGCUCGGCCGUGUUGCCCCUCUACUCCAAGAAAUACAUUGUCUUUGUCGUGACCAUUUUCAGCCUCAUAUUGCUCUCUAUUGUCAUCCUUUAUGUGAAGAUCUAUUUGAUUGUACGCUCCAGCCACCACGAAGCCACCCACUCACCGGCCUACUCCCUUUUGAAAACAGUCACGAUAGUGCUGGGUGUCUUCAUCAUGUGCUGGCUGCCAGCUUUUACCAUCCUCCUCCUUGACUCAUCCUGUGGCAUACAGUUCUGCAAUAUCCUCUCCAAAGCAGACCUCUUUUUUGGCUUUGCCACCCUGAACUCAGCUCUUAACCCAGUCAUCUACACGCUGCGCAGCAAGGACAUGAGGAAGGAGUUCCUGCGCGUGCUGUGCUGCUGGGGGGUGCUGCAGAGCGGGCGGCCCAACGACCGCUGUCUGGUCCCGCUAAAGAGCUCCAGCUCCCUGGAACACUGCACCAACAAACACGAACACCAGAGCAUACCCAUCAUGCAAGAUUGUACCACCUGUGUCUAAUUUGGUGCAAACACAUCAGUGUGUUAGUGUGCGUGUGUGCGCUUGUGUGCGUGUGUGUGAGAGUGAAUGUGUGUGUGUGUGAGUUAAAGCAGAGAGGCUGUGAUGAGAUAUUAUAGAGAGCAAGCCGUGGACUGACAGGCCGGAGUGCGGCAGUGUGUAGUGACACAUUCUCCAAUGCAGACUUUCUUAUUACAUAAAACUUGUGUGAAUUCACAAUCAUCAUUCAAACCAUUCACCCGUUCACUGGGUGUAAAAACACAUUGUUUCAAGAGGAAACUAAAAGGAGAGAACUUUCUGAAAUGUGAAAAUAGCUUUUUUUCUUAUAUAGGUACUCCCAUUAGUUAAUAUGGAGUUGCAUACCAUUUUAAUGUAUAAGCCUGUCAUCUUGUUCUUCUUUCUACACAUGUAAACUCCUAUUAAAAGCCAAAAAAUGGAACAAUAGCAUGCAUUAUAUCGUAGAUAUGGUGAGUUGUUAUGGGCCUUUCAGGAACUGCAUCAAUGCAAAGCUUGCAACAUUGCACUUUGUAGAUUUCUUUCGUGAUUGUUGUCCUUUGUGAGGUUUAACCACAUUACUCUUCCUCUGUGAUAUGUGUUAACAUUUGACCUUUAGACUCAUCGCUUGUUCUUGACUGAAGCGAAGGCGUGAUCGGCUCCGCUCCACAGAAGCCAUACUAGCACGAGUCUCCCCCCCCACCAAACCAGGGCUAUAUAUCCCCUAUAUAACCUUGCAUCUGAUAAAUCUGCUUACAUUUAAUGCAUGGAAUCCUAACUCUUUUGUAAGCACUAAUGUGUACGAUAUAUUCCAGCUCCAGCCUCCAUCAUUAACACCCCCUUCCCUCGUUUGUCCUCCAUAAUCUGCCACUCUCGCUUUGACUGUUGUCUUUUGUAUCUGAACAGUUUCCGUGGAGGAAGGCCUAAUCAGAAAGCACGUUUCCUGAAGUGAGUUGGCACUGAUGAAUUUUACUCAUUGACAGCUGUCCAGCAGCUUUGACUCACGGGACCGAUGUCCUGACAGUGUUGUAGCGACGUAGCCGCGACGUGCCGUCUCUGUUUGCGCCUUCCUCUCCGGGACUGAGGCUGAAUGUAUGUUUGAAGUGUCCGGGGCCGGCGCUCCGUUGUUGACAGUAUUAUUGAUCAUCAUUUUUAAAUAACCAAGUCACUGACGAUCGGAGAGUGGGAUGAAUAGAGUAGAUCACUCUCACUGUGAAUUCUUAAAUAGCACCAUGAACAAAAAUAUUGUUGUGAACUUCCUGGUUUUAAUUUGCUAGCCAUGUGUUACGUGUAACUUUACAUGUCUCGCCUCCCCUACAAAAUAAGAGAAGUUCUUGUUCCCAACGCACAGGGGAGUGUGUGUGUGUGGGGGGUCGUCUUUAAUUUGUGACAUCCUACAACUCGUAACUUCCUUCAGCCAUAGGAAGUCCGGUUUUUCAUUGUCCGGUUCCUGUUGUUCAGGGUUACACUAACCUUCUUCCUGUAGACACACAUUUAAAAUCCUCCUCUCCCUCAGUUUUUGUUCAUAUUGACAUUUAGAUGGCCAAGUAGAAAUGGUGAAAAGCACUUUGGCAGCUUCAGUGAUGUUUGCGUUCCCCCAGGUUUUUUUUUCAGAUGGAGAUUUGUUUUAAUCAAUCUACCUAUCUCUUCAUUGUGUUGCCUGAUUCUAUGAUUUUUUUGAUAAAUAUAUAAAAAACUAUGUAUGUUUGUAAGUAUGUAUGUAUCUUUGUACAGUAUGUAUGAUUUGUGUUGUAUGAAAUGUCUCGUGUGCAAUAGCCUUGUGUGUCCAGUAGCACGCUGCCUGUGUUAAACCGGUACAAUCUGAAACACUAAUGUUGGUACAUAAACAAUUUUUGUAAUUGCAUUCCCUUUUUAUAAAAUAAAUGAAAUACUGAAAUAAA